UGAUAAUGGACAUGGUGUAUUUGUGUUAAUUCGAUCGUGAGGCUGCUUACUUGUUGAAAAAAUCAUGUGCUGAUCUGUUUGGAGAAGUUCAAAAGGAUGCAAGUGUUGUUUGUGGAGAUAGUUAUCCUGUGAUGUUCCAACAAUUGGUGGGGAAAAAAUUGCUCCUUAAGAUAGAUACCAAGAAUGUUGGUGCGGACAAGUAUUUUGGAACUUUUCGUGUGAGAAGAGUUUGUGAUGAUGCUGCUAUUAUUUCCAUGUUUGAGUUGCCUAACUAUGAUGCGGAUGAUGAGUGUACUCCAUUGAAGGGUGGUAAGCUGGGAAAGAUCCCUUCAAGCGAGGAUGAACAUAUUGUUGACAAGAGGGAGCCCUGUGAGGUGCUUGAUGAGGGUAUCACUGCUGAUGGGAAUUGUUCAAAUAUGAAGACAGUCUGCACGCCUUUGAUUGACUUUCUGGGUGAAAAGGGUGCUGAAGUUACUGGAUUGGAUGAUAUAAGUACUGAUAUUGAUAUUGUAAAAGAGGCAGGGAAAAGAGUUGAUGAUAGUGUACUUGUUGAUGGGGAGUGCAGUCUGGAAAUUGAGAGCCUCUUGAAUUCUCCGCCCGUGAAAACUACGGAUGUACUUUCUGCUGUUCUUGAUGGAUCCCCUGUUCAUGUGAUCAAGAAAGAGGCUGUUUCCAAUCUUCCCAGGGGUAGAAAAGUUAAGAGAAAUCUGAAAAAAACCUUUGAUGAUGUUGCCCAUGAGGAGCUUGGCCCAACUUCCAAGGUUCUCAAGAAAUGUGAUGUUUGAUAUUUUAAUAGAGCUGCUGGUGUUGCUGUGAAAUAGUUUACUAAUCUAAGUA